AUGGAUAGUUGCAAGAAAAUGUCUACCCCUAUGGGAUCCGGAACUUAUGUUGAUCAAGACGAAUCCGGUACUUCAAUUGAUAUCACCAAAUAUCGAGGUAUGAUUGGUUCCUUGUUGUAUUUGACGGCAAACCGUCCUGACAUAAUGUUUAGUGUAUGUAUCUGUGCUCAUUUUCAAGCUAAUCCAAAGGAAUCACAUCUCACCGCCGUCAAACGAAUCAUGAAGUAUCUCAAGGGAACGACAAAUGUUGGUCUAUGGUAUCCUAAAGGUAGUAUGUGCAAUUUAACUGGUUACUCUGACGCGGAUUAUGCAGGAUGUAAAACAGAUAGGAAAAGCACGAGUGGAACAUGUCACAUUCUCGGAAAUGCACUAGUUUCAUGGGCAUGCAAGAAACAAGCGUGUGUUACUCUGAGUACAGCCGAAGCAGAAUAUAUAGCAGCAGGCAGCUCUUGUGCUCAGAUACUCUGGCUAAAGCAACAACUUCGAGAUUUUGGAAUAGAUCUCGGAUGUAUUCCGCUAAGAUGUGACAACACAAGUGCCAUCAACAUUACGAAAAAUCCAGUCAUGCACUCAAGAACGAAGCAUAUCGACAUCCUCCAUCACUUCCUUCGCGACCAUGUGCUCAAAGGGGAUGUUGAAGUUACAUUUGUGGAUACUCAUAACCAACUGGCCGACAUUUUCACCAAGCCUCUCGCAAAGGAACCAUUUUACAAAAUUCGAAGAGAGCUUGGAAUAUUGGAUGAAGGUGACAUAUAA